AUGAUGAGCUUGUCACUUGCUACUCGAUCCUUGAGGUUCGGGCCCGUUAAUGGCUGUGCACGUGGACUCCGCCGGUAUUCCAGUGCCGUGGGCACCGGACUUCCGCUUGAGGGCAUUCGCGUGCUGGACAUGACCAGAGUUUUGGCCGGUCCAUAUUGUACUCAGAUUUUGGGUGACCUCGGCGCUGAGGUGAUCAAGAUCGAGCAUCCUGUCCGUGGCGAUGAUACUAGAGCAUGGGGACCUCCAUACGCCAAGUACAAGGAUGGAUCAACAGCCAAAGGUCCUGGAGAGUCUGCGUACUUCUUGGGUGCAAACCGAAACAAAAAGUCCCUCGGCUUAUCCUUCCAGCAUAAAGAAGGAAUCGAGGUGCUCCAUAAACUUGCAGCAAAAUGCGACGUCCUUGUCGAGAACUACCUCCCCGGAACUCUGAAGAAGUACUCCAUGGACUAUGAGACCCUCCGCAAGAUCAAUCCGGGUUUGAUUUACGCUUCCAUCACAGGCUACGGCCAGACAGGGCCGUACUCCAACCGUGCCGGUUAUGAUGUUAUGGUAGAAGCUGAAUUUGGUCUGAUGCACAUCACUGGAGAGCGAGACGGUCCACCAGUCAAGGUCGGAGUUGCAGUAACAGACUUGACGACUGGUCUGUAUACCAGCAACAGUGUCAUGGCUGCGCUCCUCGGACGAGCCAAGUCAGGCAAGGGUCAGCACAUCGAUGUCGCGUUAAGCGAUUGUCAAACGGCGACAUUAGCCAACAUUGCCAGUAGCUGUUUAGUUAGUGGAAAGAAGGAUUCUGGUCGUUGGGGCACGGCUCAUCCUUCAAUCGUGCCAUACAAGUCCUUCGAGACCAAGGAUGGAGGUAUUCUCUUUGGCGGAGGCAACGAUCGUCUAUUUGGCGUCCUCUGCGACGGCAUAGGCCAACCCCAGUGGAAAGACGACGCACGCUACAAGACCAACGCCGAUAGGGUCGCCAACCGCGAUGAUCUAGAAGCAAAGAUUGAGGCCGUCACAAAGCUCAAGACAACACAGCAGUGGCUCGACGUCUUUGAGGGCAAGGGCAUGCCCUACGCUGCCAUCAACGACGUCCAGGGAACGCUCAACCACGCACACACAAAAGCCCGCAACAUGGUGAUCGAGAUGGAACACGAUGAAUGCGGUCCCCUGAAGAUGGUCAACACGCCUAUAAAAUUGUCAGAAACUCCUCCUACGAUUCGUAGCGCGCCGCCCAUGCUCGGACAGCACACAAAUGAAGUGCUGCUGGAACAUCUUGGUUUGAGUGAAGCUGACGUGAAUGUGCUAAGAGAAAAGGGCAUCGUGGGAUAG